AUGCCUGAACUGUAUAAAUUAUAUCAAUUCGAAGAUGGUCCUGAACUAUUAACUUAUGCUGCAACGAUUUUAGACGAAAAUAUAUUGAAAUUGGAACAGCAAGUCUAUUCUCAAGCGUAUUCACAAGAAAAUAAUGGGAAAGUAUUGUUAACACCACCAUUUUCACGAUUCACGAACGCUUUGCAAAAAUUGCACUAUGAUACUAAAUUGAAAAUGCAAAAAACAACAAUAGCAGUAGAGCCAAUUAUUAUGAAUGCCAGUAAUAGCGUUGGUGGUAAGCCUGCAACAAGAAAUAUUUCGCGUAUACCAAGAAAAAGUUCAAUAACGAAACCGCAAGUCUAA